GUAGAGGAGAGAGAUCCAGUCAUGGAAGCAGCAAAAAAAAAUCAAUGGAUGCUUUACCUAAGCACUUUUGUUGCAGUUUGCGGUUCUUAUGAAUUCGGAUGCUGUGUGGGUUAUUCAUCGCCUAUGCAGUCUGCUAUCACUGAAGAUCUCAAUUUAUCAACAUCAGAGUACUCAGUGUUUGCCUCCAUUCUCACAUUUGGUGCAAUGAUAGGUGCUAUCACAAUUGGACCCAUCAUAGAUUCUUUUGGUCGAAAAGGGGCUUUGAGAAUUUCCUGUGCUUUCUGUUUUGUGGGUUGGCUUGCAAUUUACUUCGCUGAGGUUAGUAUUCUGAAAAUAGAGAACUGAAGAAACAUAAAAGAGAAGAAAUCCAAUUAAGAAUCUUUAUAUUAAGAAAUCCAAUUAGCCAUAAGAAAAGAGAGAACUGAAGAAACAUAAAGAGAAGAAAUGCACAUAAUUUUUGUGGGUAAAGUGCAGAACAUUUUUGAGCUUCAUAAUAAAACUUCCAUCUAUGAAAUUUCCCUAUGAAAGUGGUAAGUCAGAAAGCCCCAAUUUGGAAUUGUAUUUAGUUAUUUACUUUGAUGAUUAAUGAAGUAGUCAAAUAUGUGAAGUCACAUGUGCUUAGUACUGUUUUGUGUAUGCCAUGAACAGAUGGCAUGGGCUAAGAUACACAUGCAUGUGAGAAAUAAGCAAUGAAACCUAUAUGUAGCCCAGUUGAUUCAAUACUAAGAUCCGUCCCUGGCCAGAUUGUUUUUCAUCAAUUUCAGUUUUCAGUGUAUUGCUUUUAUUUACCUGUAUUCAAUUUUGAUGUGUUAAAUAUAAUUUUACUCCAUAGCUUAUUGGAACACAAAGAACAAGCAGCACUCAAGUACUAAUUACAUUUUCGGUUUACCCUCUGAUCAUAUUACUCAAAUUAGUUGUCUAUAUUACCUUGGGGUUACACACAAUGACACAGUACUAGAAUUAGAUCAACAAUUUAACAGCAUCAGUUACAAACCAAUGGUUCCAUACCUUGAGGAGGUUAUCCAGAUUAUUCCUCUUUCCA